GGAGGAGAAAAGUUUGUACAGAGUCUGCAAGGGCGAGAGCGAAGCUCGAAACCCGGCGGCGGGAGAGGAAGAUGAACAGCCCCAGGUCAGAGCCCCAGGCCCAGUGGACCCCGCGCCGCCCCCAGAGCACCAGGAGCGGCCUCCGCGGCAGCCGCCUUCUGCGGUAGCUGUCCGUUCAGCCCGCGGCUGGGGAGGAGGGAGCCCGGACCUUCGCUCCGUUCCACCUGCACGCGUGGCGGCACACCUGGACGCUGCCCUCCCGCACCAGAUCUGCGGGCUCUGCAAAGCUGAGACUCGCCUUUGAACGAAGGACGGGGGGCGGUCAAUCAAACAAGAACCCCAAGACCCGUCUUCACUGAGCCUCGCUUGCUUUCAAAGCUUUUUGAAAGCUCGAUCCUCUGACCUCAGUUCCGGAAAGUUGGCAGCCACCGAGACCCGGUUCUGAGGGGGGCAAAGCCUUGACAAGUUCCUCGCUGAGCGGGAAGAGACUGAUGGCUGAGGUUAGAGGCCGGUCCCGAACGUCUGAGGCCUGAACCUUGGGGCGCACCGUGCUCCAGACCCCACCCUACAGAUAGAACCGUGAGCUCCACAGCUGUGUACUACUGCCCACCAUCAUGUCCAUUCCCGGGGUCAAUGCGUCCUUCUCCUCCGCUUCGGAGAGGCUGAACAGCCCAGUGACCAUUCCGGCAGUGAUGUUCAUCUUCGGGGUCGUGGGCAACCUGGUGGCCAUCGUAGUGCUGUGCAAGUCGCGCAAGGAGCAGAAGGAGACGACCUUCUACACUCUAGUGUGUGGGCUGGCUGUCACUGACCUACUAGGCACGUUGCUGGUAAGCCCAGUGACCAUCGCCACAUACAUGAAGGGCCAGUGGCCCGGGGACCAGGCACUGUGUGACUACAGCACCUUCAUCCUACUCUUCUUCGGCCUGUCGGGUCUCAGCAUCAUCUGUGCCAUGAGCAUUGAACGCUACCUGGCCAUCAACCACGCCUACUUCUACAGCCACUACGUGGACAAGCGGCUGGCGGGCCUCACGCUCUUCGCCGUCUAUGCAUCUAACGUGCUGUUCUGCGCACUGCCCAACAUGGGCCUGGGCAGGUCUGAGCGACAGUACCCCGGCACCUGGUGCUUCAUCGACUGGACCUCCAACGUGACGGCCUACGCCGCCUUCUCGUACAUGUACGCGGGCUUCAGUUCCUUCCUCAUCCUCGCCACCGUGCUCUGCAACGUGCUCGUGUGCGGCGCGCUGCUCCGCAUGCACCGCCAGUUCAUGCGCCGCACCUCGCUGGGCACGGAGCAGCAUCAUGCGGCCGCCGCCGCAGCAGUGGCUUCGGCGGCCUGUCGGGGCCACGCGGCCGCCUCCCCAGCCCUGCAGCGCCUCAGCGACUUUCGCCGCCGCAGGAGCUUCCGGCGCAUCGCCGGCGCGGAAAUCCAGAUGGUCAUCUUACUCAUCGCCACCUCCCUGGUGGUGCUCAUCUGCUCCAUUCCGCUGGUGGUGCGAGUGUUCAUCAACCAGUUAUAUCAGCCAAGUGUGGUGAAAGACAUCAGCCGAAACCCCGAUUUGCAGGCCAUCAGAAUUGCUUCGGUGAACCCCAUCCUGGACCCCUGGAUCUAUAUCCUUCUGCGCAAGACUGUCCUCAGUAAAGCCAUAGAGAAGAUCAAGUGUCUCUUCUGCCGCAUAGGUGGGCCCGGCAGAGAUGGCUCAGCGCAGCACUGUUCGGAGAGUCGGAGGACAUCCUCUGCUGUGUCAAGCCACUCUCGCUCCUUCCUUUCUCGGGAGCUGAGGGAAAUCAGUAGCACAUCUCAGACCCUCCUGUACCUGCCUGACCUAAGCGAAAGCAGCCUCGGAGGCAGGAAUUUGCUUCCAGGUGUGCAUGGCAUGAGCCUGACCCAAGCAGACACCACCUCACUGAGAACUUUGCGAGUAUCAGAGACUUCAGACUCCUCCCAGGGCCAGGACUCGGAGAGUGUCUUGUUGGUGGAUGAAGUUGGUGGGGGCGGCAGGGAGGAGCCUGCCCCUAAAGGAAACUCUCUGCAAGUCACGUUCCCCAGUGAGACACUGAACUUAUCUGAAAAAUGUAUAUAGUAGCUGAAGGGGUGGGAAGGGAGCACCGUUUCGGGAACUUUAUAAAAUCCUGUGCAAUAGACAUCCACGUGUUUAGCUGUACUCAGAAGGGCUGUCCUCGUCUGUGAUCCUAUUCGAGAACAUUCGAGCUUGUGAGUACUCUUCAGUGCUGCGGAUGAGUCCCCUGAGUGCCAAGGCCUGAAGCACAUUGGCUGUCACUCUGAUGAGACUCAAGACUGCAGCUGGAACUUGCCAGCUUUUUCUGCUGGAUAGGAAGAUGGCAGAAGCUACGUAUUUUCGUAACAUCAGAACUUCCGAUUUGGCACAUACCAGAGGUCCAGAUACUGGAAGGGCUCUACCCCAAACUCUGAGGACUAUCUUACAGCUGAUUUAAGUGUCUCACUAAAGCAUGAAAUGUGAAUUUUUAUUGUUGGAACUAUAAUUUAAGGUAUUUAUGUUCUUCUCCGUGAGAAGGUUUAUUGUUAAUACAAGGUAUAAGAAAAUGAUGAUAUGCCCUCUCCUGCCAGUAUAACCAGCUAAUAUUGUCGAUGUUAUUUUUUUUUUCCAUAAACAAGUCAGGCCAAAGUAUUGAAAACAGAGUGAAAUUAAUAUCUAUAAAAUAGAUACAAAUUUUUAAAGAGUUUAGUAUUAUCAAAGGAAAAAGAAAGAAUAUUUAAGAUGUGAAAAUUAAACAACCUAAAAUAUAUUUUCCAAGCUAUAUAUAAUAAAGAAAAAAAUUUAGAAACAUAAUAUUACAUUUAUUUAUCCAGAAAACUGUGAUUUCAGGAGGACCUAACAUUGCUGGUAAACAUUUUCAGACUUUGUCCCCGGUAAUUGGUAUUUUUAAAGAUGUAACAUACUUUUUUAAAGUCUCUGACUACCCAUAACUGAAGUGUGUAGUAUAAACAGUCUAAGUGGCUUGUUCUGUCCUGAAAGCCUGUGUAGUUUUACUUGCCAACAGAAUGUCUGACAGCAUCCUUUCAAAUUUAAAGAGGAAGGUGACUCUUCGUUCGGUGUGGUUUCCACUCUGUGGUGUUUGUCAACAGAUACUGAGAGUUUUGUGUAGCCCAGUUCUGCUGUACCUGUGUUUGGAGGCGCUUUCUCAGAGAAAUCUUAAGCAUGCUUUGUUGCUUAACAUGUUCUUGUGAAUUGCUUGGUUGUGACUGAAUUCUGAGCCUGAUACUGAUAAGGGUUUAAAGAGUAGUUGAACCGACUGAAAUUAUUUCAGAGAUUACAAUAAAUAAUUGCAUUCAA